AUGGCAGCAAUGACAGAAUUCAAUAACGUCUGUUCAGUGACUGAAAUGCCAGAAGAUGAAACUAAACAGAGUUUCCAUCACAGAAUGUUCUUGGAACCCCAAGAGACGAAGAGGAGCAUGAAGGCUCUGGUGGUUAAGCAAGCAAAGAAAACUUGCAGCUGCACUCCAGACAAAGUUAAAGACUAUGUUUUCAGUUUCUUUCCCGUCUUGCAGUGGCUUCCUAAAUACAAACCAAGAGAACACCUACUGGGAGAUAUUAUGUCUGGUGUGAUUGUGGGGGUUUUAUUAGUCCCACAGUCAAUUGCCUAUUCUCUCUUGGCUGGACAGGAGCCUAUUUAUGGCCUUUAUACAUCUUUUUUUGCUGGUAUUAUUUAUUUCAUAUUUGGAACCUCCCGCCACAUAUCAGUUGGCAUCUUUGGUGUGAUUUGCUUGAUGGUGGGACAAGUGGUGGAUCGUGAAAUACAGAGAGCUGGCUAUGACUUAGAGCCAGCUGUGCUCAGUGUCCUCACAGAUGCAGCAGCAUAUGUAAACACCACCAUUUUACCUGUGAAUCGGACAUCGCAGAAGCUGCUCUGUGAUAAAAGCUGCUAUGCAAUUACAGUGGGAGCCACCAUGACCUUCAUAGCUGGAGUUUAUCAGGUGGCCAUGGGUUUCUUUCAAGUGGGCUUCAUCUCAGUGUACCUCUCCGAUUCAUUGCUGAGUGGAUUUGUCACAGGUGCAUCCUUUACCAUCCUGACCUCACAAGCCAAGUAUCUCCUGGGCCUAGACAUUCCACGGAGCAGUGGCGUCUGCUCCCUCAUAACCACGUGGAUAAACAUCUUCAGAAAUAUACACAAGACCAACAUCUGUGAUCUCAUCACCAGCUUCUUGUGCUUUCUUAUACUUAUCCCAGCCAAAGAGCUUAACGAACACUUCAAAUCCAGGCUCAAGGCUCCAAUACCGGUUGAACUGUUUGUGGUUGUGGCAGCUACUCUGGCAUCUCACUUUGGGAAGCUGAGAGAGACUUACGGUUCGAGUGUUGCUGGACACAUCCCAACUGGGUUUCUGCCACCCCGCCCUCCAGACUGGAACCUGAUUCCUAAUGUGGCUUUGGAUGCUAUCCCCAUAGCUAUUAUUGGCUUUGCCAUCACUGUCUCCCUCUCAGAGAUGUUUGCCAAGAAGCAUGGUUACUCUGUGAAGGCCAACCAGGAAAUGUACGCCAUUGGCUUCUGCAACAUCAUUCCCUCUUUCUUCCAUUGCUUCACAACAAGUGCAGCUCUUGCCAAGACUCUUGUCAAAGAGUCCACAGGCUGUAGGACACAAAUGUCCGGCAUGGUGACUAGUUUGGUAAUCCUGUUAGUCCUCCUGGUGAUUGCGCCUUUAUUUUAUUCCCUUCAGAAAUGUGUCCUCGCUGUCAUAACCAUUGUAAACCUCAGAGGAGCCCUGCGGAAGUUCAAGGACCUGCCAAAAAUGUGGCAUUUGAGCAGAGUGGACACAGUAAUCUGGUUAGUUACUAUGGCAGCCUCAGCACUCAUCAGUACUGAGAUUGGUCUUUUGGUUGGUGUUUGCUUCUCUAUGCUCUGCGUCAUCUUCCGAACUCAGAGACCAGAGGCACCGCUGCUUGGCUGGGUGGCAGAGUCUGAGACAUAUGAAUCCCUGUCUGCUUACAAGAACUUGCAAACUAAGCCAGGAGUCAUGGUGUUCCGUUUCGAAGCACCCCUCUACUACAUCAACAAAGAAUGCUUUAAAUCCAUCCUGUACAAGCAAACUGGGGUCAACCCAGUCUGGGUGAAGGCAGCAAAGAAAAAGGCAGAAAAAAGAAUGCUCAGAGAGAAAAAGUUGGAUUCUGGUGGCAUCUCCAUGGAGUUUGCCUCUGAACCUCUGGGGUUCCACACAAUAGUGAUUGACUGUUGUGCAAUACAGUUUCUGGACACGGCAGGAAUACGUACACUCAAAGAGGUCUGCAAGGACUACAGGGAGAUCAAUGUCCAGGUGCUGCUGGCCCAGUGCAAUCCUUCUGUGAGGAGCUCCCUGAUCCGAGGAGAAUUCUUUAAAGAGGGGGAGGACCGCCUUCUCUUCCACAGUGUGCACCAGGCUGUGGACUUUGCAUUGGGUGCACAGGGGCACAGUGGGACCAGUGCUUCUAAGAACUAG